AUGCCACCAUCUAGCCCCAGGCUAAUAUACACUUGGCUGGGUUAUUUCAGUGCUGUUGGUGCGGCGCUUCUGGCUGCUGCUGCAAAGCCUGGAGAACAUUACGAAAAACUACUGCACGACUUACCAGCCGCAUGGCUCUGCUGGGUCAUAUUAUGCAUUUACUACAUUGGAAAACGAUACCUUCUCCACGGGCGCUUCUUUGACGGUGAUGGCCUCAGAGGCAGAGAUCUGACCUCCUUCAUUCGCUUGUGGGCGGCUUCUAUUGCCGUCGUCGCAUUCAUAUUUGCCUCUUCCUUUUCAGGGGAAGCCUCGUGGCUACUGGUAUGGAAGCAUGAUCUGUCCAAAACCCCCUCCCCCCAUUCCACCAUCUUCCUUCGAACCCCCUUGGAAUAA